ACCUGCACCUCUUUCUCUACACUUCCAGCAGCCAGGGAGAUGAACAACAUUCUCCAUGGACCGUUGCUGAAAAUCUUGCUGGUUAGAUGGAGAGAGGUGCAGAUGCAGGUGCAGACAAAUGGCCUCUUGGCUUUAUCUCUCGCUUUCAAUUUGGUGCACAUCACAUGGACGUUAUCUUUACAAUAUUGUCUCCUAUCUAAGGUAAAAAACAAAUGAUUUCAAGCUGUAAUUUUUUUUGUUUUUGAGCUUAUGCUUAUAUAAAACAUACUUUCCAUAGACAUAGAUACAUUUUAGUUAACAUAGACAUAUCCAUUCAAAUACAUAUACCUAUUGUAUAUUAGUAGGCAUGUACGUAUAUGUAUAUGGAAAAAAUUGCAGCUUAUCUUCUUAGAGGUGUAAAAUUUCCCUAUAUAUUCUGCUAAAGUUAAUAAUGUUAUUUGAAUUGGUUUAGAUUUAUUAGUGUUUCAACCUUGAAGAGUCUCUUGCCAAACUUAAACCAAGCUUUUGGCUUGGUCUUGUAUUUGGUUUGUCUUUGCCAAGUGUUAAAUAUUAAAUAAUUAAAUGUACUGGAGUAUAAUAAUAGACAAAUUAUUCGAGUAUUUGAUUUAAAUUUUUUUUUAUAAUUAGAGGAGAAAAAAUUCAAAUCAUGCUCUUUAAAUAAAAAAUUUAUGUAUCAACCGAUUAGUCAAAUAUUCGAAUACAAUAUUUAAUUUAAGUUUGAUUAUCUUUUUUUUAAAUAAAUAUAAUAAAUAAAUAAACCAAACCUUACACAGACCUCGGGCUCGAGCCCUCUGGCUCAAAACGCGAGAUCCAGGAAGCAUUUGUCGAUACAUACGACGUCAGUACUAAAAUUAAAACGGCAUCGUAUCUCACAAACAAAUAUAAAAGAAAGCACCGCCGCACCUCUUCGUUUUCAUUUUUUGCGUCUAGGGUUUUCCCAAGGAGUCUACUACAAAACCCUAAUUUCCAGCCAUUCAGAAUAGUUUAAUUAGGAAGGGGGAAAGAUGGGAGGAAAAUGUCCAAGCAGGAAAGUAAAGAAGAGAAGAUAUUCUCACAAAACAGCUCGCCGCAACAAAUUCCUCGUCAAAGGUGACGACGCCGUUUAUGAGGAGUUGCAAAAGGGUGAUUCGGAAAACAAACCGUUGCCUCGCGAUGAAGACUUGCCUGGAAUGGGCCAAUAUUACUGCUUACAUUGCGACCGAUAUUUUGCGAAUGUGACUGUGAGGGACGAACAUUACAAGACGAAACGUCACAAGAAACGAUUGAAGCAAAUGUCGGGGCCUGCACCACAUACACAACUUGAUGCCGAGUUAGCUGCUGGGAUGGGUAUGCCGGAUAAUGGACCAACAUUAAUGUCAAUGUGAGCCUUUCUGAAUUUGGCUCCAUCCGUGAUGUGCAUUGUUCUGCUGAUCCGUGGGCGAAGUUAUCGCUCCUGAUUGCAGAGGAUUUUUGGGUGCUGUAGAAUUUCUUCAGAGAAAAACUGAUUGUAUUACCUGUUUUAGAAACGAUAAACCAAUGUUGCAUUCCUUAUACUAAUGUUUGUUUGGAUAAGUGGGUUCUUUCGGUUUUUUUUUCUUCUUUUUCCUGUGUCAUUAUAUCUUAAAAUUUUGUAAGCAAUAUAAUGUGGAUGAAUAUAGUGAGUACCAGAGAUCA